AUGAUCACCAAAAAUACAAUUACCGACGGAGAUGCUAAUUUAUCAGCAUUAAUAGCAAAAGAUUUGUUUCAAUUACGUUUUCGUAAACAGUCAAUAGCAUCCGCUCUCUUUCAUGAUGAUACUACUUUAGCAGCAGAUUAUGUUAGAGAACAAUUAGCAAGGCUUUUAAAUGUUUUUGCUUCAUUUAGAAAGGGACGGGACUAUUUGUUGUGUUCUACUAAUUUAAAUAAUAAUUUAAAUUCUAAUUAUGGGCAAGGGAGACAACAACUUAUUUAUGAAUGUAGUCAAACAUUGAAGGGAAACAGGCGUCCUUUACUAAGCCCUAACGCUUCAGAACAAUUAUUAGCAGCCUUACAAAAAUUAAGUAUUCGACCUUCUGCACAACGAGAACUGUUAAUUAAUGGCAUUUUUGAAUGGUUAUGUACCCAAUUGGGACAACAAAAAUUUGGACAGGCUGGGUUGGAAUUUGGGGUUGCUUUGUUACACAAUCUUGUUGUAAACCCAAUUUCGCAUUCAAUCGCUGUUAGACAUAAAAAGAGACUUUUGGAGACUUUAAGAAUUUUGUUAGGAUCUGCUAGAGGUGGACAGGCACUACAGUACACUUGUUCAACUCUUUAUAUUCUCCUUUGCCUUCCACAAGUGAGAAAAACUGCUCGAGAUUCUACUGAUCUUGAAAAGAUUUUAAUUGAACGUGCUCAGAAGGAAAAGAAUCUGGAACAUAUUCGACAACUGAUUGUUGUAUAUUUGUUGCUUCGAGGAGAACUUGACGUACCGGAAAAACGGAAACAAUUAACGACAACAGUAACUGAUUUGGAAGAUGCGUUCCCCGAUUAUCUAGAAGCAGAAAUUGAUUCAACCGACCCUUUAGUGCCUGGACACAGCGAAUUAUUUGGAAAAAGACUGCUUAUAAAAAAUUUUUUGUCCAAACCGCUUCCGCCCUCCCUAGCAAAAUAUUACCUUCCUUUGUCUCAAUUUACUAUUGAAGAGGAAGGACAACGAGAAAAUGUUCCCGGUGUUGUGCCAGUUAGACGGCAACAACCAACAGUUCAAACAACAAAUUUGUCAGGCUCUUCUCCUCGAAAAAAGUCACAACAGAAGCGAGUUUCCAACAACAAAGAAGCUUCCUCCUCCUUCUUGUUGAAGCCUGAAAGGGAAGGGGGCGGCUAUGUUUCGGGAGUAUUGCCUUUAAUACGUCAAGUACAUUUUGAACGGACAAACACUAUGAGUUCUCACGCAACUUUUGUAGUGGAAAAUAACAGCCGUCGGCCUCUAAUAGCGAAUGAUGGGUUUGAAAACGUAAUUGCUUCCCUCAAAGGAAAUGCUUUAAUAGAGGAGCAUUGCCAAAGAAUAGUUCAACAAAAUUUUCAACAACUUAAAAUAGCUAAUGGAAACGAGGAUGUUGAAAUUCUUCAAAAUUCUUGCGAAAUGUUAAUUAUUGAGGAAAUCCACAAUAAUUUUGAAGAAGAAAUUAAUUUCCAAUCAACCUCUACUGAAAUUAAUUUUUUGGAUAAACAAAUUCACCAACAAAAUCGCCCCAACACAACAAUAAUAAAAAAGGAAAUAACUAAAAUGUUUAGCAGUAAAUUGGGGGGAAGAACACAAAAUAAUCGAAAACAAGAGAAAAGACUUCAAAAGGAAGUUUUGGCUGAAAAAGUGGAAGAUGCGAGUAUUGGAGGGGGUGUUGAUGGAGUUAAAAGUGAAGAAAUAGAUUAUGAGGAAAAAGAAUAUACGGCUGCAUUUGCGGCUCGACCCAAAAUUAGAAGAACACCUCCAAAAUUGCCAGAUGAUGAGGGGUUAUUGGAUGAAGAAUGA